AUGGCGGAAGACGCUGCACCCGACACAUCGCACCAGAGUAGCAACACCAGCGAUGAAGGAGGUGCAAAAUCGGAGGUUAUAGUACACAUGAAUAACCGUGAGGCUAACGAAGAGUACGGCUAUCCCAAUAAUUUCAUCAAAACAUCGCAUUACACCGCACUCAGCUUCCUGCCAUUGGGGCUUAUCGCACAAUUUAUGCGCGUCAGUAAUUUUUACUUCCUCGUAUGCAUGUGCCUCACUCUGAUUCCGGGCCUCUCUCCGGUGAACCCUGUGACAGCCAUCCUACCCCUUUUAUUCGUCAUUGGUGUUUCACUGGCGAAGGAGGGCGUGGAGGAGUUUCGCCGCCACACCGCCGACCGCUUGGCGAAUUCCGUUGAGGUUGACGUAUUAAUAAACGGAGUGAUGCAGCGGGUUCCGAGUCGUGACAUCCGCGUGGGUGAUAUCGUCCGUGUGAGCAACGGUGAGGAGGUGCGAGCAGAUCUUCUCUGCUUGUCCACCUCGGAUGAAGAAGAUCAGGUAUAUAUUGAUAUGUGUAAUCUCGACGGAGAGACCAGUCUCAAAAACCGAAAGCCACAUGAACAUACGGCGUCCCUACGCACUCCAGAGCAAUUGCAGGAGGCGCAAGUGAAGAUUGUUACCACCCAGCCGGAUGCCGAGCUUCAUUCCUGGAGUGGUUGCAUUGAAAGUAACGGUGAAGCAUUCGCUGUGGAUAUUGGAAACUUUUUGUGUCGAGGUUCUGUCUUGCGGAAGACCGACUGGGUUUGGGGUGUUGUCGUUUAUGCCGGUGUAGAUACUAAAAUGUUCCGUAACCUGAAGGGGCAUCCGAUGAAGAUGUCCGAUCUCGACCGUAGGUUGAAUGUAAUGAUUGUGGCGCUGCUACUGUUCAAAUGCGUAGUGCUCGCAACGCUGGCGUUCCUUCUGGUUUGGUGGAACCGGAACAAUAAGGAACAUAUAUGGUACCUACACUGGUACAUGAACCAGUACGGCUCGACGGUGCUAUUGUUGCGCUCCUUUGUGACGAUAUUUCUGUUGCUCUCUUACUUUAUCCCGAUUUCGCUAUUCGUGACCAUCGAGGUUUGCAAGGUGAUCCAGGCGUACUGGAUGGUUGCCGACGGCAAAAUGACGGACGUGGUGAAUGGACGUUUGUGUCGCUGCAGGCCCAACACUUCAAACCUAAAUGAACAACUCGCGAUGGUGCGCUUCAUUUUCACAGACAAGACGGGUACCCUAACGGAGAAUGUGAUGAAGUUUAAACAAGGUGAUUUUCAGGGGUUUCGCCUUGAUUCUGCGUGUGGAACCAAACCCACAGACCUCCUUGACCGCUGCAAUCCAGCGCGUGAGGCUGCGUAUGAGUACUUCCUUUCGAUUGCUUUAUGUAAUACCGUUCAGCCAACCGAGGACCCCAAUGCAGAAGGGGGUAUCAGCUACGAUGGCACCUCCCCGGAUGAGGUGGCACUCGUCAGCAUGGCUGCGGAACACGGGUUCCGCCUGAAGAAGCGCACAACACGUGAAAUGGUGCUAGACAUUGAAGGUGUGGAACAUGAAUAUAGGAUACUUGCCACCCUUGAGUUCACACCGGAGCGGAAGAUGAUGAGCAUAAUUGUGCGGGAUAACGUUAGCCAUCACAUUGUGCUCUUCACGAAGGGUGCCGAUUCCUCUCUACUUCCAAGGACUUGCACCAACCGGCAAGCACAGAACUAUGUGCAAAAGCUAAGAGGCACACUGCAGGAUAUGAGUGUCUGUGGUUUACGCACACUUGUUAUUGGAAGGCGGUUUCUUCUUCCGGAGGAGUACAAAAAUUGGGAGGAUUCGUACAAAACUGCUUCAAGGACUCUCAUUGAUCGUAGCGCGGCCCUGGAUGAUGUUUGUAUGCGGAUCGAGGGUGACCUGUGGCCAGUAGGGGCGACAGCCAUCGAGGACAAGCUUCAGCAGGAGGUUCCUGAGACCAUCUCCUUUUUUCUGGAAGCUGGUGUGGUUAUAUGGAUGCUUACUGGAGAUAAACGUGAAACUGCCGUUACGGUUGCGGCCACUGCAAAAUUGUGCGAUCCGCAGAAAGACUCCAUCAUACACAUAGACAUCGGGUCGUUUGAUCCGAAGAGUGCCGAGGCGAUCAGAAAGGUGGACUCUGACUUGAGCAAAGUGAGGCGGACACUGGAGAGCGGGGGCGAGAACGGCUCGAAAUGCACUAUUGUUAUUGAUGGUCUCGCACUUGGGGUUGCAAUGAGCGAACACUUUUUAACCUUUCUGGAUCUUUCCAUGAGGGUCAAUUCAGCCGUUUGCUGCCGACUUACCCCUUUGCAAAAGGCAGAAGUUGUACGCAUGUUUCAGGGAUCGACAGGGUUAACCGCCAUUGCAAUUGGUGAUGGUGCCAACGAUGUUUCAAUGAUUCAGGAGGGGCGUGUUGGUGUUGGUAUUAUUGGGCUUGAGGGAUCGCAGGCGGCCCUCUCAGCAGAUUAUGCUAUACCCCGAUUUAGGCACCUGCGUCGGCUUUGUGCUGUCCAUGGUCGAUACUCACUCGUUCGUAACUCGGGUUGUAUUAUGAUUAGCUUUUAUAAGAACGCGGUCCUCGGUAUGAUGAUGAUUUUGUUCUGCUUCCAUUCAGCGUUUUCAGGUGGAACACUGUUUGACGGGUGGCUGUUGACAUUCUUCAACAUUCUUCUGACGAGCAUCCCACCCUUCUUCCUCGGCGUGUUUGACAAGGACCUUCCAGAGGAUGCGCUCCUACGCCGCCCGCAUCUUUUCACUCAACUCUCUCACGGGUUGUACUUCGACGUGAUGACAACAGUGAGGUGGUUCGGGGAAGCGUUAAUCCACGGUACAUUAAUAUUCUACCUCUUUUACUUGACUAUCAGGAAUCUCGACUGGAGCACGCACAACAUAUCAAUGAUUGAGCUGGGGACCAUGCAAAUUUUUAUCGUUGUUUUAGUUGUGCUCGUUCGGUGUGGCCUCGCUGUCCGCUGCUGGCGCUCGCUACAGUUGUUGGGCCUAUUGGCUUCUCUUGCGAUUACCCUUGCUCUGACGCUCACUUACUCCUCCUUCAAAAGUGUGGGAGGCAGCUCCAUUUAUUGGCAGAUGUUUGACUUGGCUUUAGGGCCAAAGUUCUGGUUGUAUAUGCUGCUCGUGCUGGGAUCUCUCAUAAUGAUUAAUCUUUCCGUAUUAUAUUUCCAGAAGAGGCGCUACCCCACGUUGCGUGAUACCGCUGAUGAGGAAAAUAGGGUAAUGUGUCGUGGGUCGUUGUUGGAUGAAAACGUGUCUCAAGGGGAUAAAGCGGGUUAUGUGACAUUUGGAGUCGAGAGUACCCAAAGUAGCGACAGAGAAGACAAGAGUAUUGACAUUCAGGACAUGCGAAGGAGGGAAAUCGAAGCCGGGGAUACGCUUCAUGGGUAG